AGCAGCGGUGGCAGCCCGGUGGUCUGGCGCUCAUUUCAGUUCAUUGCGAACCGUCGAGCGAUUCGGACGUGCGAGCGGAAGUCGUGUGCUCUCUCUCACCUGCCAGUUGAAAUUGAAUGAGUGUUUGGCGCCCUCGUCGUGUUAAUUGCUACCUUUAUUUAUUUUUUUUCUUGUGUUGUUUGACUGAAAAAAGUAUUUAUUUUCAAAACCAGUGACCGUUCGAGCCAACACAAGAGAGAGGAUUGGAGAUUAGAAGAGAGAGCUCUAACAAGAAGGAGACGAGAGAGAGGAGAUCCUGAGCCCUUUUUGUUAAAUCGCAUCAGCAUCUGUUGCACAGACUUUUGGCCCAGAGAUGCCCCUUUGAGGACUGCCCUGCCCCACGCCAAAGGAGAAACACAAAGAGCUGGAAAGAUCUCCUUGAAGAAAUGGAAGCCAGAAGACUCAUUUUAGCCGUGACCUUGACCCUGGCGGUGACCUUGACCCGGGCCAGCGACGGCAGCUCCUCCUCCGCCUCCUCCUCCGAUCCCCUGGGCGUCUACUUUGAACGCGCCCCCGAGUCGGCGGUGGCCCCCAAGGACGACGAGGUGGUCUUCGAGUGCGAACUGAACCUCAAGCCGGACAGCCUGGAGUGGCGCUUCCGGCGGAGUGGCUCCUCGGAGCCCUACCGCUACCUACGCCCCGCCGCCGGCUACAAUGUGACCAGCAGCAACGAGGAUCGGGUCUGGCGGCUGAGGAUCUAUGUGGGAGCCCAGACGGUGGGCGACUACCAGUGCGUGGCCUGGUACGGACCCGGAGCCCUGGCCUCCACGCCGGCCCGCCUCUCCCUGGUGACCCUGGCUUUGGACACGAGUGUCGGGAGCAGGGGCGGCUCCAUCCGAUGGAGUGUGGCGCCGAAGAACUGCAUCCUGAUACGGUGCGGGAGUGUCGUCUCCAAUCCGCCGGCCAUCUGGAGCUUCUACCGCAACGGGGAGAAGGUGCCGCAGACGGAACUGCUCUCCGGAGCUCCGGCCGGAGCCCUCAUCCUCGACUCGGUGACGGCCAAGGACGCCGGCAACUACACGUGCGCGGCCACCAAUGCCAUCACCGGCCAGAAACUGGACCUGCCCCAGACCAUUGAGCUCCGGGUGGACUACACGGACCGCACUCCGCCGUACUUCCUCCAGCGCCCGCCAACGGAUCUGUCCACCCGGCCCGGCGACACCGUCGUCCUGGAGUGCCCGGGCGUCGGAUCGCCCCGACCCACGGCCGUCUGGAGCAGCCCCAACGUCGUCCUCAACCCGAACCGCACCAAGAUCCUGCCCUACGGCCUCCAGAUCACCGACGUCCGGCCGGAGGACCAGGGCUCGUACGUCUGCCUCCUGGACAACGGCCACGACGCCCUCAUGCACAUCAUCAAGCUGAGUGUCCUGCAGCGGCCGGUGAUCCUACGCGGCCCGGCCUCCACCCUCACCACCGAGGGCGAUCGGCUGGUGCUGGAGUGCUCCGCCUCCGGCAACCCCCAGCCGGACAUCUACUGGCUGCUGAACGGCGAGGACGCGGCCAGCGAUGCGGAGGCCCAUGUGGACAACCGGAGCCUGCACCUGCAGAGGGUCCAGAAGCGCCACGCCGGAGUGGUGCAGUGCUUCGCCAAGAACAUCCUCGGAGAGACCAGCGAGGGCAACAUGCUGAAGGUCACUCCCCUGCAGAUCACCGGCGAGGGCGACAAGCCCCUCGGAGGAGUUCCGGUCCGACCGAUGCACGAGUCCAUUGGAGGAGGCUCCUCCACGCCCUCCGGCGGCGGCAAGGCCAAGGGCAAGCGGAAGUACAUGCGAGUGGGUGCCAACAUGGUGCCACCGUCCCGCCCCAAUGUCACCCGCCUCUCGGACGACGCCGUAAUGCUCCGCUGGAGCGUUCCCCAAAACGCCGGACUGGCCAUCGGCUACUUCAAGGUGCAGUACCGGAUGCUGGGCGACGCCACCGGAACUAUCCCAAGGGACACCUGGCAGACGACCAGCGAGAACAUUCCCUACAACUACGGGACGAGUACGAAGCGCCCACGUGGCCGGGACAGGGACCGCCACGACCAGCACGAUGCGGUUGUUAAUCCGCCCAAGAACUUCACCUUCUCGGUGAUGGGCCUGCUGCCGGACAGGUUCUACCGCUUCCGGAUCGUGGCCGUCUACUCCAACUACGACAACAAGGAGGGCAACACCUCCGUCAAGUUCUUCCUGCAACGAGGCUCCGCCAAGUCCAACCUGCCGGUGCCGGAGCUCCACGACGUAGAGGCGUACUCCGAGUCGGCUGUCCUCCUGCACUGGUCGCUGGUGGCCGACGGCGCCACCUCCCAGAUCGAUGGCUACUUCGCCUACUACCGGCCGGCGGAGUCGGCGGGGGAGUACCUGAAGGCCACCGUGGAUGGCGGCCACAACCGGAGCUUCAAGAUCGACCAACUCCAGCCAGGGACCACCUACGAGUUCAAGCUGCAGUCCUUCAACGCGGACGCUGCCUCCGAGUUCAGUGCCAUCCGGCAGACCAAGACCAAGCAACUGAGCGAUCCGGCAGCUGCCUCCCUGCCCACCACUCCGGUGACGGUUCAGCAGCAGAACUCCAUUCUCCCGGUGAUCGCCGGAGCGGCCGGCGGAGGCCUCCUGCUCCUGAUAGCCUCGGUGGUGGUGUGUCUGUGUCUCAGGCGGAAGAAUGCCCAGCCAGAAGAGGAGAACAAACCCAACUUGGAGCACAUUCAAGCCGACUUUGUGACCUCGGCGGUGCUGGGAGUGGGAGGACACCACAAGAGCGGAGAUGUGCGACGUCUGAACGGCGUGAUUCCCCGGAUGAACAUCACUCCGAAUCCCCUGGCCCAGGAGGCGGCCGCCGACAAGAACCGCAACGUGAUGGAGCUGCGCUUUCUGCCUCCACUUUCGAAUGGAAAUGGAAAUGGAAAUGGAAAUGGGAGUCUUCCCGCUGAUAUGGAGGACCAGAUGGCGUCCGGAGAGGAGCGAAGAGAGCAGCAGACCGACGAGGAUGAGGAGGAGAACGACAGGGAGGAGGACUCGCCACGGCCGGCGGCUGCCUCCUCUUCCUGCGAAACGCUCGAGGCCUGCGACGAGGGUCUCAAGCUGGGUCUCAGCCCCAAGCCGGAGCUGGGUCGUCCGGAGGCGUCUCUCCUGGAGGCGCCCAGCAAGCCGCUGCCACCGCUGCCGCUGCCGCUGCCGCUGCCGCUGCCCAAGAAACCAGCCGCCGCCAAUGCUGGCCAAGCAACCUCUGGCCUGCACCAGAACGGCCUGCACCACGCCCAGCCCUACCAUCCGCCCGGCACGCCCACGCUGCUCCACAAGCGCCUGGACUACCACCAGCAGCCGCCCCCGGUGCCGCCACACUCCGCGUACUACCAGCAGGCGCCCGCCCAUCACCACCAGCCCUCGCCCAUGAUGGAGCGCAGUGUCCGAGGACUCCAACAGCUCCAGCACCACCACCAGCAACAGCAACAGCAUCACCUGCAGCAGGGUGGGGGCUACCACAUGGAGGAGGGCACUCCCACGCCCUCGAGGAUUCCAUCGCUGAGGCGACAGCGUCGCACCUCCGGCAGCCAGCACAACAGCCACACCAAUCUCAACCUGAACCACAACAACAACAACAACCUGCCGCCGCACCACCAGCACCUGCACCACCACCCCGGCCACCCUGGCGGACUGGUGGGUAUCCCCAUUGUGCCGGGCAGUCCGCGGGUGCAGCGCUCCCCCAUGCCGAGCCGGGCGAUGAUCAAGAGGACGCGACUGGGCAGCCACACGGACAACAUCUCCUCCGGCAGCCUCAACAGCAUUGAGGUGUGAAGGACGCCAGGAGUGGGAUCAGCCUGCUAGAUUAGGAUUAGGAGAGCAGGAGGCGAUGUGUAUUAUUAUGGAUAUCCGUAGAGCAGGCCGGCAGAGCUGUCGAAUACUAUUCAGUUAAGAAUCAGUUCCAGUUUCUUAGAAUCCUUUAGUUUAAGGUCUAGUUGUUAGGAGUAGUUUUAAGGAAUGAUUUCACGAGGAACUGUUUAACUCUUGCAAGUUCCGGCCUGAUAGUCAAUAGAGUUAUUAAUUAUCCUUUUUUUUUACUAAUCACAUUAAUUAACUAAUUAAUUAAUUAACUAUUUACUAUUAUGUUCUGUAAUUGCAACUCCUUGGAGGAGGGGCAGCUCGAAUAAGUCCUGUACGUAGCUCUAAACUAGACUUGUAGUGUUAUUUAUUUAUUGUCGACGACUCGAAUGGAUUAGUUCAACUAGUGGCUAAGAUAUUAGCUAAUAAGCAUACUUAACUCUCGCGAAUUGUGACUAAUAUUCACCCACAUCUCGUAUUUCUCACACCACCCACAAAGCAAGCAUCCUAAAGUAGCCUAAGCAUCAGUUUUAAACGCAAGUAAGCCAGUUUUUUGGAUUAAAAAUGAUUAAAAAACCUAGAAGUAAAAUGUGUCAUUAAUACGAGUGGGUUAGUAUUAAGUGUUUUUUUCAGUAAGUUUUAAGCGAAAAUCAUGUUUAAAGAUGGAACCAAAUUCAAAAAGCGCGCCAGGGCUGCACAACAUACUGUUAACAGAGCGCGCAACAGCUCCCUCGGUGCUGUUAAGUGAACUGUUAACAGAGAACCAGGUGGCAACAGCUGCCCAACAGCUGUUUCUCACAUUGGCCGAUUGGAAUUGAAGUUUUAUUAUUUAAACAGUGAUUUAAAACAAAAAAACACACUAAAAGGAGGCAAUUUAGUGAUUUGCACUAACUAGAGGACUCAGUAAGCAGCUGGAGCUAGGAGAAACACAGAAGGAAGAGAGGAAACA